CCACCUGAGCGACAGAACUUCCGGGUUCCAAUCCAUCCAUGCUUUCUUUACCUUUUCACGUUUUCCUGAUCAUUUCAAAAUCGUCUCAUGAUGGUGAAGGACAAGUCUUUAAAACCAAAUUCAAAUCCAUUAAAAAGGAACAAGAGCUCAAAUGACUUUCCAGAGUUUGCAGAAGAUCAAAUGGAGACUAAAAGAAAAAAUAAAAGGAAACAUGUGACAAGUGAGGAGGCUGUGGAACAGAUUCAUCUGGUAACAAAGUCAGCAGGUGAUAAAAAGUGCAAAAAGAACAAGAGAGAGAAAACACGUUCAAAGCAAACUGAGAAUCCAGAUCCGUCCAGCUGCUCUGAGGAGACACAGGAGCCAGAGGGAGGAGAGGACGCAGAACAGGACCUUAGCCCUGAAGAGAAGCGGGUCCUGGAGAGGAAGAUGAAGAAGAUUCGGAAAAAGGAGGAGAAGAGGAGGCUUAGAGAAGAGGGACAGACUCUUGUGAAACCACAAGUUACGGGACCGAGUGCAUCAAAGCAGGCCUUGGAUUACCUCACAUGCUGGGCUGAAAAGCGUUCAGAGUGGAAGUUCCAGAAGACCAGACAGACGUGGUUACUGCAGCACAUGUUCGACUCUGAAAAGAUUCCAGACGAGAAGUUCUCGGUGCUCCUUCAGUAUCUGGAGGGACUUUGUGGACGAGCGAAGGAGACGACGGUGCAGAAAGCUGUUUCUGUGGUGGAGGACUCAGGACAGGAGAUGGAGGACUCAGAUGUCCAGCAGAGGGCGCAACGAGCCAGAGAAGUCAUUCAGCUCCUUUCUUGACCCUACAGCAACUAAAGGACUAAUCUACAGCUUGGACUAAAAGAUUAUUUUUACUUUAGUUUUUGAAAAGUCUUUGUGUUACUAAUAUCUUUAUUUUGUUUUAAUGACUUUGUUACUCUUUCAUGUUCUGUUUCUUGUGAAUUGUUUGGUGGAAAUCAGUCAGAGGUACCUGUUUAGCAGUUACACUUCCCUUAUUUCACUAUUUUUACUGUUUCUAAUACAUAAUAACUCCUAAUUAAAUGGUUUGUUUUUCUAUAGAGAACACUUUAUUCAAGAGGGGUAGAAACUCCUCGGGUUGAAACAGAAAGCUAAGCUAUUUGURGAGUUUAAAGUGUCAGGAAUGUUUAUAGUCAAGACAUGUAAAUGCAUGUCGAGGCUCAGAAUCAUGGACACAAAUACCUUCUGUUACCCACUGCAGGUGUAACCGUGUAGACCAGUACGGUUUGUUAUGAAACUAGAGCAAAACUUUAGAUUUGGGCUUUCAUUUGAUUUUCUUACUAAUAAAAUUUAAUUAAUAAUUCAAGUUUAGUGCUGCAACAUACGAUAAAUGUGAAUCUGCUCAUAUUUUGUAAUUAUUGUAAUAUUUUGUAACAGAAAUUCAUCUGCCCAAGUCUCGUUCUGUAUCGUUGCACUUCCUUUUGAGUUUUCCACCAGUUAUUUUAAUACAUCAACCACAUUAUGAAUGUUUCACAGCUGCUUCAGCUGUUUUUGUGAGUCUGUGGAUUACACAGGUUUUGACAGCACGCGCUUUGGAUGUAUUUCAGAUCUUUUCCAUCAGCUCUUCAGAAUGCGUUUGAAACAGUCAGGCAGCAUUAAGGUCAGCGUGUUGACAUGGGUUUCUGGGCUGAAAGAGUUCACUUAGAAAAAAGAAAGAAAUUUUGAAUGAGUUUGAAGGCUGGUGACUUCCUGAAUGAAAGUAACCACAACACAAAAACAUCACAUGUAAAGAAAUUAAAUAGUCAUUAAAAAUACAACAAAGGAUAA